AUGGAUAUUGAUACCACACAAUAUAACCUGCUCUUUCUCGUGACCACAUGGCCUAACAUAUUUGUAUCAGUGAUAGGAGGAGUGAUAGCAGAUAGACUAUUAGGUCGAAGAGUCAGUUACAUGAUAUUGAUAAUUAUCAUCCUCACUGGUAUACUUGUGUGGUCUGCCGCUAGCUUUUUCAACCUUUUCUGGGUCGUAUUGGUCGGCCGGUUCUUCAUUGGAAUUGGAGCCACUUUGAUACCAGCUGUCACUGUUAUGUUUUUCAUCAAUUGGUUCGGUAAGAAGUAUUUCACACUAGCAGUGUCAAUUGGUGGCACUUCAGCACGACUUGGUGGUGCAGCUGCUUUGGCCGUACCUCAAUUCAUUAACGAGCAGUUAUGUUUCAUUGACGAUCCCUCAUAUCGUCUUGGGGCUACAAUAUUAGUAGGAGCUGGUCUGGCAUGUGUUGGAUUAAUGGUGGGUAUCACUGUAGCUAUGCUGGACAUGUAUAGGGAGACGUUUAAAGAAAAGAAGACACAGAAAGCCAAAAGAAGCAAAAUGAAGCACAGCGAUUUUAAGCAGUUUGAUGAUCGGUUUUGGCUGACGGUUUUCAUCAUUAUUUUCUAUUCAAUUGUAUUUUCAUUUACUGGCAUUGGGCAAGUUUUCUAUGUACAAAAGUAUAGUCUGUCACUAGAGGAAGCAAGCAUUGCAAAUUCAUUUGUAUUCAGUGCUACAAUACUAGCUACGCCAAUAAUUGGAUAUAUAGUGAACGGAAUUGGACACCACAUACUAUGGACUAUGGGAGCCAUUACCAGUGCUUUGGCUGUGCACCUAGUUCUACUCAUCACUUCUCCAGGGCUUCACUUCAUACCUUAUACCACUGGUAUCUUGUAUUCGGUGUCUUAUACGAUAGUUGCAGCUGCUUAUUGGCCUCUUGUUGGUCUAAUUGUGGAAAAGAGUCAGAUAGCAACUGCUUAUGGCAUCAUGUGCAGUAUGAAUAAUCUCUUCUGGGGUCUACUGUCGAUUGUCUCAGGUUUCAUCAUUGAUAUCAGCGGUUACUUUGUGUUAGAGAUAAUGUACUCAUCGUUGUUGUUUCUAAUACUAAUGAUAUCAGUGUUAGUGUUAAUGAUUGAUCUCGUAUCAGUGAGAUCAGUGGUGAAUGCACCCGGUACAUGGAAAAGAGAGGACUAA